GAAAGAGCUUGUAUGAAUAAAAUAGAUGUCUUGGAAACUGUCAAAAAAAUUUAAGAAUUCAACUCAGGGAAUUUCACCAAAUCGAGAAUCAUCAGGACAUAUGAACUCGGAUAAUGCAAAUCCAAAUCCAAAUGCAAAUUCAGAUGCAAAUUCAAAUGCGAAUUCAAAUGCACAGAAGCCAUUGCAAGAUCAGGAAUAUGUAGUUAGACCGGGUAUUCUUUCAGUAACAGUUGUGGAAGCAGAAAAUCUAAGUCUUCCUCCUGGUAUUUCUUUGCCAGAAUCGUCUUCUGCAGAAAGACAUUAUACAAUUAAUGGGAGAAAAGGAUCAAAAGAUCGUUCUUUAUUUUUUCCGUAUCUUGUAGUUGAAUUUGAUAAGAAUCAAACUUUGGUUGAUGCAUUGGAUGGAUCUAGUACAAUAUGUCAUCCUCGAUGGGAAUAUAAAAUAAAUUUUGAUGUUUUGAAGCCUUCCCAGCUUUCUAUUCAGUGUUAUCUACGUUUAGGUCAAAUGCAAAAAGGGCAUGGUUCUGGGAAUCAUAUCUAUUUGGGUGGAAUAAAAUUUAUUCCUAAUUUUUCUGAAACUUCAUUAAAGGAUGAGUGGAUGUCUAUGCAUGGUGGAACUGGGCAAAUACGACUACAAGUAUCUUAUAAGUCAAAUAAGAGCUCUCCUAUUACAAUAGAUUCGUUUAAAUUACUUAAGGUUGUGGGUAGAGGCUCAUUUGGGAAAGUAAUGCAAGUCCGUAAAAUUGAUACAUCAUGUAUAUAUGCUCUUAAAACGAUUAGAAAGGCGCAUAUUGUUUCACGAUCAGAAAUAAAUCAUACCUUAGCUGAACGUACAGUUCUUGCUCAAAUCAAUAAUCCUUUUAUUGUUCCUUUAAAAUUUUCAUUUCAGUCACCUGAGAAACUAUAUUUAGUUUUAGCUUUUGUUAAUGGCGGCGAGCUCUUUUAUCAUCUUCAACGCGAAGGACGUUUUGAUCUUGAACGGUCUAGAUUUUAUGCUGCUGAACUGCUUUGUGCAUUGGAAUGCUUACAUAAUUUUAAUGUGAUUUAUCGUGAUUUAAAACCCGAAAAUAUUUUAUUAGAUUACAUAGGUCACAUUGCUUUAUGUGAUUUUGGUUUAUGUAAAUUAAAUAUUGCCGAAUCUGAAAAGACGAAUACAUUUUGUGGUACCCCAGAAUAUUUGGCACCCGAGCUUUUGUUGGGCCAAGGAUAUACUAAAGUAGUAGAUUGGUGGACAUUGGGUGUUCUUUUAUAUGAAAUGCUUACCGGACUUCCUCCAUUUUAUAACGAAAAUACAAACGAAAUGUAUCGUAGAAUUUUGCAAGAUCCUUUGCGGUUUCCAGAUGAUAUUGACAAGGAAGCAAGAAGUUUAUUGGCUGGGCUCUUGACACGUAAUCCUGAAAAGAGGUUAGGGAAUUUAGGUGCGGCAGAAAUUAAAUCGCAUCCUUUUUUUUCAAGUAUUGAUUGGAAAAAACUAUAUACAAAAAAGAUACAGCCGCCUUUUAAACCAAAUGUAGAAAAUGUUUGUGAUACAAGCAAUUUUGAUCAAGAGUUUACAAAUGAAACUCCUAUCGAUUCUGUUGCUGAUGAUUCACAUUUAUCAGAAACAAUCCAGAGGAAGUUUCAAGAUUGGAGCUAUCAUGGAUCAAAUGUAAUUGAUAGCUGUAAUAAUAAUAUAAUUAGUGAGGGUUUAGAAAAUAUAGUGGAGUAAAUAUUAAUUAGAUAUCUGAAAUAAGUCCUAGGGGAGAAAUGUUAAA